GUUUGAGUUUGAGUCCUCUGCCACUGCUUGUUUCAUUAUGAACGAUAUGAUGAUUGUGAAUGAAGGAGCAACUAACUGGAGCUAUGAUGUUUAUCUCAGUUUCAGAUGGCUCGAGACCCGUCGCACUUUCACAGGAAAUCUCUACAACGCUUUGCACCGCAAGAGAUUCAAUGUUUUCAUGGAUGGUGGAAAAUUGAAGAGUGGAAAUCAAAUCAUACUCUCUCUUCGUAAGGCAUUGGGAGAAUCGAGAAUCGCCAUUGUUGUUCUCUCCCAAAACUUCGCAAUGUCUAUAUGGUGCCUCGAUGAACUUGCCCAAAUCCUUGAAUAUAGGAAGACCAAGAGUCAACUGAUUAUGCCCAUCUUUUACGACGUCGAUCCGUCCGAUGUAAGGCGUCAAACUGGAUCAUAUGGUGAAGCCAUGGCUGCUCAUGAACACAGGUUUGGAAAGGACUCCUUGGUUUUGCAGAAAUGGAGGUCAGCUUUGUCUCAAGUUGCAGAGAUGAGUGGAUGGUGUUUCAAAAUUGGGUACGGCUUUGAAUAUGAAAUCAUCGAACGGAUUGUAGAACAGGUUACCCAAUUGGUGCCUCGCUAUGAUGUUUUUCUCAGUUUCUGUGGAAAAGAUACCCGCUACUCCUUCACAGGCUUUCUAUAUAACGCCUUGAGCCAGGAGGGAUUUGAAACCUUCAUGAAUGAUGAGGAAAUGGAAGAAGGGGACCAAAUUUCACAAGCACUCAUUACAGCAAUUGAAAAAUCAAGACUUUCAAUCAUUGUUUUUUCUGAAAACUAUGCAUAUUCCUCAUUGUGUCUUGAUGAGCUUAUCACGAUCCUUGACUGUAUGAAGAUAAAAAGUCAAUUGGUUUGGCCUAUCUUUUAUAAAGUGGAACCGUCUGAUUUAAGACAUCAAAGAAAGUGUUAUGGCACAGCCAUGGUUGAACAUGAAAAUAGACUUGGAAAGGACUCUGAGAAGUUGCAAAUUUGGAGAUUAGCUUUGUUUGAAGCCGCCAACUUAAAAGGAUGGCACUUAAAAACCGGGUAUGAAUACGAGUUUAUCGAUAAGUUGGUGGAAAUGGCCAUUAAAAUUUAACAUGGCUUGCAUAAACCAAGUCAUUUCUUGAGUGUCAACUAGGAGCAAGGUUUGGGAAUUUCUCUAAGUGUCUGCUGAAGCCAGAACUAAUCAGUUCAGCAGGUUGUUUUAUAAGCCGUCACUGGCUGAAAAAUUGAUAGUUGUUGUAAUGCUCAAUACUGGGAUGUUGUUUUGGACGUAUGUCAUGUACUUGGAAUAAAUACAAUUUCUAGAAAGAUGUAUAAAUAAAUCCCGAGGGCUAUUUAAUUAAAGGCUUGAAAUCUCGAAA